AUGCGAGGAAUGGAGCGUUCUCUACAGAGCACCUUCCCGCGGAUUCAAGUGGCACUUCGACGUAGUAUGCAUGACUUCCAGGACCCUAUGGAUGCGGAUUUGAUCCAAUGGGCUGGUUGUAGUAAAAUGUCUUCUGGUCAAAUGGAGGCUCUUGUGAGGAUACGUGGAGACGCUGUUGAGGUCCAAGUUCGAGGUCCUGCCGAAAGGGCUACUUCCUGCUUCUAUUUCCUCGAAGAUGUUGUGAACUUGGUUGAACAGACUGCUAGUGAAGUGGCUCCGGGUAUUGGACUAGAACGGCAUUUCCUAAGUCCGAAAGGAUUACAGGAACACCACAAGAAUCCCGCCUCGUUCCCACCAGAAGCAAUGAUGGCUAUGCAACAACAAGAAUCGUUGACUGUUAAAGGAACCCAUGAUGAAGAGGAGCUAUUCACAGAUGUCGUCUGUUUCGGCUCUCGUGAAGUUGCUCGUCUUCUGACGUUAGGAAUCGAUGUCGGCGUGGCCGAUCUAUCAAUAACUACCAGAUGCGAACUCGCUGCACUACUCGAUCCACCCGAUGCCAUGGGAAGGGACUGGUCGAUACUUGCAGUCAAGUUGCACUUGACGGAUCAAGUACCGGAGGUUGACUCCACUGGACAGUCUCUUUCACGGACGGAUCAGCUCCUAGCUGAAUGGGCGAUUCAGCAACCGGAGCAUGCAACCGUUGGUCGGCUAUGCGAGAUACUGGCCGAGUUGGGUAGAUCGGAUGCACGUGACACAUUGUACCGUACGGUACCAUUGUACUUGUUUGCACCACUUGACGACACCGGUGUACAUCCUGUGGAUUGUGGUGAUUCCGGUGUAGUCUCAUCGUGUCAUUCGACAGGUAAUCCACGGACAAGCUCCAUAUCAUGA